CCUCCCACACCAGAAGUGUAACUCAUUGGCUGUGUCUUGGUGAAGAACACAUAAAAAGAUAUCAACCUUUUUGAGAAGGUAUGCUACGACUGUGAACAUGUUUUACAAGUCGAAUUCAGUUUUGUUCGUCAGUUUAAUGUUUAUGCUUGGCGGGAAGCAGAGGUAAGUUGAUACAUUGUGUCAAAUUAGGAAUUGACUUUGAGAGACUACGCACGGCAACCUGUUUUCAAUACACACUACUAAAGUAGCUAAUGCAGUCGAUAUCAUUUGUUGCUCUAUUUACAGGCAUACUAGUUGCGCCUAUUGUUAAAGAACUUGCAUAACACAAUCGUAAUUUGCAUAACACAAUCCACUCAUUCAUUUCUAAAUAUCUACAGCAAGAUUAUGCAAAUCAUUAUCUGGUGAUAGGUGUUACAAGCUAAACUGACUCACAUAGGGGGAGGUUAUCUUACAAAACACAUGCUGUUGUAUUUAUGAUAAAGUUGCCUGUGAAAUUAUGGUUUUAUCCUGAAUGAUAGCUGUUCUUUGGAUCAUGUUUAGGCCACUGUGUCAAAUGAGGCAAUUCUGCUCAUGAAGAGGCCUACACUGGUCUUUGACACAUCACAAUAUAUUUUUUUGCUGAUCUGCAUAUGAUUGACCAAUACUAGGUCAGUCUGGAGUCUGUACUACUCCAUGUCCCUUUAGUAGUGCCAUUCACUUUAGGGACAAUAUCUCAACAGACUGACCCAAACAAUUGACAAAUUACCCUAAUCAUUGGUAGGCAUACAAAGAGCCCUUUUAUAUGAAAAGCCCAAAGUCUUCAUACCUUAUCUGUAGUUUUUGACUCAAAAUGCACACCACAUGCCUCUCACGUGUAAUGAUCAUGAGUCGCAAUGACAUGGCGAAAUUCCAUACAAUUAGCCUGGCACAGUCCAUAUUGACUGCUUUGAUGUACGUGUCUGUGUGCGUGCAUAGAAUACCACCCGUGAACUCCCGCUCUGGAUCAUUUCAGUUGUGUGAAAGAGGUCAUAAUAUCACCUAUUCUCUCUCUUUGUUCCCCUUGCUGACCAACUGUAGUUGGUGUCAGACAAACAAAAUGUUGUCAGCCCAGGCGGAUAGAGUGAUGGCCCUGGGAGAGUGGGAGGAACGAUGGCGGGAAGAGCGAACAGGCUGGCACCGACCCCACGUAAACAAGUAAGGAUCUCUUUUACUUACCUUAAAAUGACAUGGAUUAAAGAGUGAAUUUAUGGUUAUAUUAAAUAGAUGUUUGUUUAACAUGUCUCUGCCAGCAUGUUAUUCCUAGGCCCAUAAGGUAAACUUCAUAUGACGAAUUUGAUUAUAUUUAUAGAAUGCUGGAGACUAAUAUUGAGAAAGUUCUCGAUGGACGGAAUGGAGUUAAGUUCUUCUUCCCUCUAUGUGGGAAAGCUCUGGACAUGAAAUGGUAAGUGAUGUGCAUUACAAACAAACUUGUGUGCUCAAUUCAUGUACAUUAACUAGUGAAAGUCACAGUUAAUUAAUUAACAUUAGGGAUGCACCGAUAUUACAUUUUUGGCCGAUACCGAUAUCCGAUAUGUUCCUUGCCAAAAGACCCGAUACUGAUAACCGAUAUUUAAAAUUGUAGCUGCCUUUUAAGCAUUCUAGUAAAGUUAAAUAGUUGAAACAGUGUCAUAUGUUCCUUUGUUCAGUUAGGAACAGAUUGUCAUUUUUCUCAUUUACAAGUUAUUAAACAAUGUCAUAAACUGCUAUAAAUGGCACAACUUAAACUUUUCAAAUGUGCUCAACUGACUUGACUAGUAAAAUGCGAGCAAAUUUACAACACAGCAUCUCAUCUUUCAUUUAGGAAAUGUAAAAAAGGAAAAAAAAAGAACAAAAUUGCUUUGUUUUAAAUUAAAUGAAUAUCAUGAAUAAACAACAGAAAAGCCAUUGGGCUUAGUCAAUUUUUUCCAGUGACUCUAUAUGGCUGGGUUACAAUAUGACUGCCCAUUUACAAUUUUAACAUUUGGGAGAGGUUAGUUAAUUUAAUACAACAUAUUGCAUUAUUCUUGCAUUCCAAAGGAUCAUUAGGCAUAAAUCAACAUUGGCAAAAGUUGGCAGAAGAAGUAACAGAAAAUGAAAAUACAUCACGUCUCUCUCACAGAGAAACACACACACACAAACAAACACACUAUUACCAGUAUGUCCCCAUUACCAGUAAAACAUAAUUAAACCUAUUUAUUUCACUUACUUGCUGUGCUGUUUCGUUGUUCAGUCGUUCCAUUCUCAACCAGGAUUUCAUCAUACAUGUCAAGCAGUGAAGUUUCAGCUCUGUCUGUCUGUGGCCUCUUCUGUCGUGGGUCCUCUUCCUCGGUACGCACUGUCACUGUGUCCGUUUCCAUCUUGUCCCGCUGUGUCUGUAACAUUUAACGUAAACCCUGUUUCUUGUCUGCAUCAAAGUAGCGGUCCUUGUACCUAGCAUCGAGCAUGGUGGCGACACAGUAAAAAGGCUCUGAGAGAAUGCCACCGAAUCGCUUGUUCACAGCCUCUAGUAGAGUACUUUUGCAAGUUUUAACCCCACGGUUUGUGUCGGCAGUUUUGUUGAGCAGGCGUUUCAAUGCCAUGACAGAGGGUAUCACCUCUGCUGCAGAUGCAGUUGAUGAGCUCAUUUCUCGAGUCAGUUGUUCGAAUGGAGCUAGGAGUAAGUCCCCUGUAGCUCAGUUGGUAGAGCAUGGCGCUUGCAACGCCAGGGUGGUGGGUUCGUUUCCCACGGGGGGCCAGUAUGAAAAUGUAUGCACUCACUAACUGUAAGUCGCUCUGGAUAAGAGCGUCUGCUAAAUGACUAAAAUGUAAAUGAGUGUGUUCAUGUUUUCAAUGAGAGUCCACUGGUUUGUACUGAUUGUUGCAGGUAACUCAUAGUCGGCUGCAUACACGCCAAGCACUCGUUUUUGUUCCAGCAGCCUCUCCAUGUAAAAAGUACUGUUCCAUCUGGUGGAAACGUCUUGCUUAAGCCUUUUCAUUUUCACUCCAAGCUGCUCCUGGAUUGCUUGCAGGCGGCUGUAUGCUAGCUGUGAGUGUUUAAAAUGACCCGCUAUCUUCCUACCUGUUGCCACUGUGUCAGAUAUGCUGUGUUGGGCCAAAACACCUUUGUUCACAGCCAGUUGCAGCGUCUACUUGGUAGUGUGUACCGGUGGUCGAGGUGCUCGACCAGUCGGCGAAAGCCAACAUCUUCCACAACAGAGAACGGUUGAUUGUCAAGGGCAAUGAAUUCCAUUACCUUGGCGUUAAUGGAUUUCACCUUUGAGUUGUCUGGCUGAAAUUUUCUUACUCUUUCAAAUGACUGCUCGACUUGAACUUGUUUAGUUGUUGGAAAUGUGCACUUAGUUUUUUUUCUGCUUUUGUGCUAAGUAGUCGCUGAACAUUUUGUGGGUGAUGCACUUUCAAAUGAGUAAUUAGGUUUGUGGUAUUGAAAUAUUUCACUUUCUCCCCUCCUUGGGAAAUAAUAGCAGCACAAACGUUGCAUAUGGACUUUUUGUUAUCUUCCUUUGAAACUUCAGAAUAGAUCCACAGCAGACAUUGUGGGCUAGGUUAGGAAUGCUGUGUAGCGCUGUAUUUUUUGUGGCGUCAUCUACCUACGUUAUACAGGUAUGCACGUCAGCUUUGACAUCGGUUUUGCACAUCGGCGUUAAACUAUACAUAGAGCCGAUGUUGGCAUUUUUAGUUAAUAUCUUCCGAUAUGCUUACCGAUGUAUCGUGCAUCCCUAAUUAACAUCCAUAAAUUACCUUUGACCUUACUGUCUUUUACCAUGUGUUCGAUUCCAGGCUGGCUGAUAUGGGCCAUUCUGUUGUAGGGGUGGAGAUUGCAGAGAAGGCCAUCAAGCAGUUCUUUGAGGAGAAUAACAUGACUUACAGUGAAGAGACAGUUUCUGCAUUACCUGGAGCUAAGGUUUACAAGGUACUGUGUAUCAGAGAGCUGCUAGGUUGGCUGCUAUGAUGCUACAUGGAGAAAUAUGCGGAAGACAAGAUGUUACAAGGUGUUGGAGGAUUUCUUUCAGCAGCGGUGGCAGUGUGGUGGGGGGGGGGAGAGAUGAGGUCUGGAUGGGGUCUUCCUGGGGCAUAGAUCUAUGCAUAAAAACAAAACAAAAUUGCAGUGGCGGCAUCAAGGGGAACAAAGAAUUAUUACCCUAGAGGUCCAAAGUCUUGGAUUUUAUUUAUACCAGCUACUAAUCCAGGUUGGCUAAUGAUUGGUGUUUGUGGAAUGAGUUUAUAUAAUUAUUUUAAGACUGUGCUACCAAUAUGUGCAGUUAUGAUCCAAUAGAGAAAGAGCUAAAAGAGUUAACGUUGCAGUGCGGUUAACUUGUGUGAUUCAUAUGCUUUUCUUCCACAGAGCUCAGAGAGAAAUAUCUCCUUGUACCAUUGUGAUCUAUUCAAUUUCUCCAGGUAAGAGUCUAAACUAUCAAUACAUUUUCUCCUCUGACUGGGUCAGAAGGAGGAGGCCAUUUACAGUAUGACAUCCUCUCACUUUGUAUAACAGUGCCAUCGAGGGUCAGUUUGGAGGGAUUUGGGACAGAGGCUCCUUGGUGGCCAUCAACCCACGGGACAGACAAAAGUAAGACCACAUGAACUUCACUUUCCUCUGAAGGUCAACAUGAGAACAGAGCAUGACAUGAUGGAAGAGUCUUUGGCUAAUGGCAAACUCUGUCUCUUCUGUAUGUAACAGGUAUGCUGCUCUGAUCAGAUCAUUAAUGGACAAGGACUGCCGAUACCUCUUGGACACUUUGCUCUACAACCCAGAAGUAUACAAAGGUAACAACUUUUCCCGAGCUAGCAUUGUAGCUAAUGAUGAUAUGCUAUUUCUAUUAGAUAGCAGAGUACUUGCAUGUCACUUUAAGUACAUCAGAGUUCAAAUGAAUCCCUCUUUUUCUUUAGGUCCUCCAUUUUUUGUGCCCGAUGAGCAAGUGCAAAGUCUAUUUGGUGAGUUAUUUUCUGCCGGAGAUUGUCUCUGUGAUUGUAGUUCUGUCAGUAUUGGAUUUUUCAGAUUAAACUACAUAGAAAUAAAUGUGAUACGUACAUGUUUGGGGAGGAUUUAGAGAUUAGUUUCGAUGUGUGAUUGUGUUUUUAAUUCCAGGGAAGAGCUGUGAUAUAGAGUUGCUGCAGUCCGUGGAUGCCCUCACAGACAGAGAGAAGGCUUGGGGCAUGGACUUCUUCACAGAGAAAGUGCAUCUCAUCACUCUAAAGACCAACUGAGGAACAUUUCAUCAACCAACUCUUAUUUAGGUUUCAAAUAUUGACAUAUUGAAAAUACUCUCAAUUUUUACAUUUACAUUUAAGUCAUUUAGCAGACGCUCUUAUC